AUGAUGAGAUUAAUGAAGAUGCAUGGUGUGGAUGGAUACCUUACAUUUACUUCUGAUGAGCACUUGAAUGAGUAUAUAGGAGAGGGGGAUGAAAGGGUCAAAUUCCUAACUGGGUUCUCUGGAUCGAAUGGAAUAGCUAUAACCUGUACACACCCUGCCUUGUACACCGACUCAAGAUAUUAUAUCCAAGCAAUGAACCAAUCCAAGAAAUACAAACUUAAGAAGAUGGAAGAGGAGGAGGGGAUAGAUGAGUAUCUUGAGAAGGUGUGCAAAUGCAAGCAGGUUGGGAUAUGCAAGAAGUUCAUUCGGUCUCGAAAGUAUGAAGAUCUAAAGAAUAAGCUUGAGUCUCGGGGAAUAACUUUGAAACCUUUUGAAAACGACCUGGUGGAUAUUAUAUGGAAGGACAGGCCCCUGAGAGCCUUUAACAAAGUAUAUAGUAUUGAAGAGGAGAAAUUCCGGCGAUACCAAAUGGAGCUUAUAGAAUUAUGUGAGGAUUCUGAGUACAGAGAAGCAUUAAGGAACAAGCUGAGUGGUGAUGAUACCAGUGUUGUUGGAAGAGCAUUCAAGGACAAGCUAAAGGAAAUAAGAUCGAUUCUUGAGCCAGACCAAACAUUGGUGAUUACAGAACUUGACACGAUAGCAUGGAUAUUCAAUCUGAGAGGAUCAGAUAUCCUUUACAACCCUGUAUUCUACUCAUAUGCAAUUGUGUCCAAAGAUUCUGCAAAGUUGUUCACCAAUGAAAAGAAUAUCAAAAUGGACGAUGUGGACAUUUAUCCCUACGACGAUUUUGUAAGGCAUGCAACAGGGCUUAAAGGUAGGAUUGUUAUUUCUGGUGAGUGUAAUGCAUAUGUCAAAGACCUGUUUGAGGGCAUAGAGUAUUGCGAUAAGAUAAGGUUACUUCAGUCUCAGAAGGCAGAAGUAGAGAUUGAGGGAUUUCAUCUAUCUUAUAUAUUUGAUGGGAUGGCACUUGUAGAGUUAUUUGAAUGGGUGGAUCUAAGUCUCGAUAAAGGAAUAUCUGAGAAGGUCAUCAAAGAAAGGCUAGAUGGGAUCAAGAAGAGAUUUUCUGGGUAUGUUCAGCCAAGCUUUGAAUCGAUUGUCGGAGGAGGGCCUAAUGGAGCGAUUGUCCAUCACAAGGCAAGUGAUAGGGUUGUAUCAAGAAACGAAGUUAUCCUUAUUGACAGCGGAUCACAAUAUAUGUUCGGGACAACAGACACCACACGAACCCUGCAUUUUGGAGAGCCAACUCCUGAAGAAAAGAAAAGCUAUACUCGUGUUCUUAAGGGGCAGCUAAGGUCGAUGAGAAUGAGAUUCAAGUCUAGCAUGCAACCAUCAGUCUUAGAUUCGUUAUCAAGAAUUGACCUGUGGAAUGAGAUGGAAGAUUAUGGCCAUGCUACUGGACAUGGAGUAGGCCAUUUUCUAUGUGUGCAUGAGUCUCCACCAACUAUUUCCUAUUCAAGUGAUCAGCUCUUGAAGCCUAGGCAGGUAUUUUCAAUUGAACCGGGCUUUUAUAAAGAAGGGGAAUAUGGAAUAAGGAUUGAGAAUCUUGUAUAUUUGAAAGAUAUUGAUGGUAAGUUCUAUGAAAUAACUAACUUGACACUUGUCCCAUAUCACCUUAGGCUUAUAGAUACUUCCAUGAUGUCUGAAGAGGAGGUGAGCCAUUUAAACAGAAUUAAUGAAGAAAUAAGGUCUACCCUGGAGCCAUUUAUGAAGGGAAAAAUCGGAUACAGAUAUCUAAUGGAGAAUACAGUACCUAUCAAGAAAUAA